AUGCAUGUGCGUGUGUUUUUGCAUACAUUGGUGCUCUGUGACUCAUGCGCAAAGGCUCCAGAUUCUAUAUUUGAGAAGGGCUUUGAGAAAGAUCCUGCCAUUGUAGCAAAGGAAGCAAUCCGGGAGGCAACACAUAAUGGUUCUGAUGUGGUUCUUGUUGAUACAGCUGGUCAAAUGCAGGAUAAUGAACCGUUGAUGAGAGCACUCUCAAAGCUUAUUUACCUUAACAAUCCCGAACUGGUCUUGUUUGUUGGAGAGGCACUGGUUGGAAAUGAUGCCGUUGAUCAACUUUCAAAAUUCGAUCAGAAAUUAGCCGACCUUUCGACUUCAGCUAGUCCAAGACUGAUAGAUGGGAUCUUGCUCACAAAGUUUGAUACUAUUGAUGAUAAGGUUGGAGCUACACUUUCAAUGGUUUGCAUAUCUGGGGAACCAGUCAUGUCUGUCGGCUGUGAACAGUCAUAUACAGAUCUCAAGAUGCUCAAUGUAAAAUCGAUUGUCAAGACCAUGAACUUGAAUGAGAAUGUGUUGGUUUCAUUCUUCAUGGUGUGCUGUGUGUCUGUUUGUCACUCGGCAUCUAUGUUGUUGCAUGCUGAACUUUCAGUGUCAUCCCUUAAGUGAAUCAGUCACUUGCAUCUGUUUCUUGUAUUAUGGUUAAUCCCACGCGUUCAAUCUCUCUCUCUGCGCACGCUAGUUGAGAUUGGGGCUUGGAAAUAACUUCCAAAAUUUCGGUCAAAGCAUAGAAGAAAAAUGUCUGAAGUUGGUUAUGGGAGGGAGCCCUUGUGUGCUUUACAUACAAAUCUUAUGGCGUUUCUUCAUAGAACGAUGCUAUGUGAUGCGUAUGGAACAAAAAUAAUGUUGGGGUUGGUGUC